AUGGAAGGAUAUCCUUACAUACAAAAAGUGUCCAGCCCGUAUGCGGCUUUUCAGGAAAACGCAUCAAAUCCAGACAAAUCAACUGUGAAUGGGAGCUAUGAACAACCUGUUUACGAACAAUUGAUGCCCUCUACAUUGGUUACCGUUGACCCGUACCGCUAUGAAGCUGGUAUACCUUCUGCAAGUAACAGCGUUGAAUCAACCAUAGUGGUUCCACAAACAACAUCCUGCUCCGGAACGUACAAUAUUGAUCCAUAUUCUACUUCUGUAGUUGGUAGCAAUAGUUCGGUUCAAACCUUGGCGUCAGAACGAACUCCUCAAUACGUACCAUCGGUCCUUAACGGGCAGCAGGCGAGUGAUAUAACAAAUGUUAGUGACAUACAUUCAUUUCCCGGUGGCGGCGAGUCAUCUAUAUGUAAUGGAGCAACGAGAGAUCACCUUAAAGAUAAUCCUAUACCGGACAAGUCAUGUUUAACAACACUAUCAGAACAAGCCCCUGAGUGCACACACAAAAGUGACGACGGAAAUAUAGUCCCACCGAAUGAAAAAAUCACUAUGUCAACAAAGGAAGUCGAUGUGCAUAAUUCCUCUAAAGCGAUUGAGAGCAUAGAAUCGAUGGAAAUGAAAACAGAAUCAAAUGCAUGUAAUCAACCCUACGCUAGUGCCAUAUCGAACCACGCAGCUGUAAAAGAAAAUGAACUUCAGAGUGAGUCAAAUCAUUCUGUUCUAGAUGAUAUUAAUCAUGUGCAAACACCGGAGACGGCUGAUUCUGCGUUGGCUGAGGAAAAGCUUGUUCAAUCCAAUCCGGAUGAAGAUGAAAACAGUAGCGACUCGUCGAAAUCUAACUCAUACACAGAAGCUCAGCAUUCCGAGAAUGUAUCUUCACUAUUUAAAAACGUGGUGCUAGUGCAAGCACACCCAAUUGCAGUAGAGGAAUAUGAUUCCAUGGAUCGUGUAACAUCUGCUUCCGAAGUGCAUUCGUUAAACGAAACGGAUGCGGUCGAUCCAAUCGUAACUAGUUCCGUGGAAGAUAUUGGACGAGAGGAUGGACCAAUGGAGCACGAAAUGAUGGAUCCCACCGGUUUGCUGAUAGAUGAAACGGGAGAUGUUCAAAAUUUUGAAAUAAUGGAAGGUGUUGCCGUCGGUCAAAUGGGACAGAUCGUUGCACUGGAUGCACCUAUAAUUGACCCCAAUGACGUGAUGGAAGAACCGGAAAACGAUACGGAUAAGGGAAGUUUAUAUGAAGAAGCCAACACCGAUGCUAAUUGCAGUGGUGAGGUGGUAUCAAGAGAAGAAAAUUCUUCCGAUGUUCCUGUAAAAAAGUCCAAACAGCUGGACACCGUUUCGCUUUCGUCCGGCGAUGAAGCUGCAGAAGGAUGUAAGGGUGAAUCACAAAAGUGCCAAAUGCGUAAACGAGGUUUAAUUCGUGUCGUAAAUGUAAAAAAAGAAUUGCUGCAGAAAAAGCGAUCAAAAACAUCCGAGCGAGGUGCUUCCAAUGAUGAUCCCUUCGGUUCGUGUGCAAGCUCAUCAAGCGAAGACGUCCCAAACGAUAUGUAUUUCGGUUCGCCGGAUCGUGUAUACACCGUCAGCACUAAACUACACUGGCAGCGGCAGAAACAAAAGCGUAACAAAUACUAUUCACGAGAGAAAACUACUGAUCAGUACAGCGAUGCAUCAAGCGAUAGCGAGGAGAAGGAACAAACUCAACGAAGGGCUAAAAAGGCAGAAGAAAUUGCACGCCUUAAGCUUCCGGCUUAUCAUCAACAGCAGUUGCAAGAAUUGGUGCUAAAGAAGCAUCCCAAGCGUGGCCGAUUUUAUGAUCGUUCGCAGGAUAUACCGAACGAUAUUUACUUUGGAAACGUAAAAGUCCCACUACACAUCCUUCACGCGAAGAGCAGUAGCUCUUCGGACGAAGAACCUUGGCUUGGUGGAAGCGCCAAUUCAGCGACGAGUUCUAAUUUGUGCCCUCGCAAGGAAAGCACAUCGUAUGCCAAAUCUUCUAACAAUCGUUAUUCUAGGAUUUCAUCGACGAGAGCUGAAUCAACGAGCACACACGGAAGCGUACGAUCCGUUCACCGGAUGAAGGAAUAUCUCAAAAUGGCAGGUUUCCGACACAUGCGCUAUCAAAAGCUAUGGCAAGGCUGUGAAACUAAUCAUGAGCGCGCGGAAGCGAUACUACGAUUUCUUCAGACGCAUGGUCUACAGGGUGAACCGACGGAUGAAAAGUGUCGCGAGCUGCGCAAACAAAUUCAACUACAAAAAGAAGUGGAAGUGUUAGAUACGAGUGUCAUCAUUGGCAGUGGUGAAGGACGUGUAACAAGGCAAAGGACUAAAAAAGUUUCCGAAACGACAGCUGUUGUACCCGAUGUAAAGCGUUCGUCGGAACAGUGUCUUCAGAAGGACGAAGAGACGCUAGAUUCUGCUAUUGCUACUGAAUCAACGGCACUAGAAACGGAAGACGUACAACAACAGGAGCAGCUACAGCAACAGCAGGAUAAAAAUGUCCCAUUAGAAAAUCAUGUGGAACACGCUUUACCGGUAGGUGAAUGUGGUAUCACGUCGAAUACACCAUCAAACGAAUGAAUUUCUGGAUUUGUUAAAAUUGUAUUUAAAAACAAUAUAUUUUGAAAUACCUUUAUUACUCCAAUAUUUACGGCAAAGCCUGAUUUAAUAUGUAUGUUUAGUUUACCGUCUCACGCGGUUAUGCCAAUCAUAUUUCAAUGUGUGCAAUUUUGAUUUAUUUUUACGCUGAACAAAACACAAUCAAAACAUUAAACGUUAUAUCAUUAAGCACAGCACCAAUAUCUCUUCUGUGAACUGUUUACGAUGCGCCAUACACUAUCUAUUCAAUAUUUUUGAUACUUUUAAGCAAAAAGGUCACAUUUAGUAUAGUCAUGAAACA